AUGCUUCCCGAUGAGGCUACCUACAAUAAUUUCUUGGAGUCUUCUGUGUACCAACUUACCAGUCUCAACGGAAGCCUUAUUAACGUUAACUUUACGGAUUUCAUAAAGGUCAAUGGUAAGAAUAUAUCAGAAAAGCCUGUCCUCUUUACAAAUGGCCGCCUUUACUAUCUCGAGGACCGUUUGGAUUAUAUUCAACCGACGUCUGGCAUUGUAGGAAACACCACCGCAAUUGUCGUCUCCCUAUCCCUCCUCCUGCUUGUAGGCUUGGUCGUUGUUGGCAUCCUGAUAAAGAAGAAGAAGCCAGAUCUUUUCAAUUUCCAUCUGACGAGGCCGGUGAGUUUCGUUUUUAACUGUUGGCCAGAGUGA